CCUCGACGAUCCAAAUAGUUUUUAUAGAAGAAUAGGCGAUAUUUCGUCUUUAAUUAAAUUAAUAUUCAAUGGGUAGGGCCGAGUAGGAAUAGUUGGGGACUAGAUACACAGAUAGACAAUGAUGCGGAAGAAAGGCAUUUAGUCGAACAGUCACUGUCGGAACAUUGCCAGAGGGAAAUGCAACAGUGCUGAGGACAACCUCUGUGUUUAUCUCGCCCCUUCCAGCUGAGCCGACUCGGUCAAAAUGGCCGACCCUUCGACCGACUUGAAAAUCGAAAAGGUGAAUUCUCAAUAGCGAUUCUAAAAGACUUCUGUGAAAAUUGUCUGUCAGUCUUUUCACUUUCGACACCUUCUCUCUGACAGUUUUUCUCUUUUUCCGUCCCGCCGUCACGGUCACUCGUCCGGCGUGGAGCGUCGUCUUUCGAAACUGUCCGAAAGUGUUUUCAGCCCGAGAAGAGCGUAUUUCUUCCGUUUAUCUUCUGUCUCGGACGGUUUCCCGUUCUUCUUUUCCCCCCGUCGACACCGCGUUCUUGACAGCGGGCGUAGCGGUUUCUUGGAAUAACCGAUAAAAAUAACCAUUACAACUGAUUUCGGUUGUUAAUCUUAUUUGAUCCGCUUCGCCGUUUACAUUGUCUUUCGGGAGAUGUUUCCCCCCGUUGAAGUUUCCGACUGUUGUGUCAAACAACAAAUUAUGUUGUGAAGAUCAUGGAUAGCUUAAAUAUCCGUUCUAAAAGUCGAAGUCCGUCGCCUUGUCGCCUUACUUCUACUCCUAAAGGAAACAACGUUGGGUUAAAUGAUGGAAGGAUGAGUAGAUGCAAAUCUCCCGUAACUUCAAAGCAUGAGAGGUGCAGUUCCACCGACGCCGGAAUAAUGAGGGAUUCUUUCAAUCACGGAUCUUCUAUCGAAGAUGCAUCGCAACAUGUAGUUCAGCAUGAAGAUGAAAUGGAUGGGAGUGUUCUCAAUGGAUCUAUGGACUUGGGAGAUGACGGCGAUGGGCGCCGGGCAGCUAUUGAACACAUGCAAUCCAAGAUCUCUCGUACAAGGGAUCUUAUUAAAGGAGAACAGACUGCUAGAGAUGAUAAUGUAAAUGAAUACCUUAAACUGGCAUCAAACGCUGAUAGAGGACAGGUUCAGCGUAUAAAAGCGGUGUUCGAAAAGAAAAACCAAAAAUCUGCACAGUCCAUACAACAGCUUCAGAAAAAGUUAGAAAGUUAUAACAAAAAGCUUAAAGAACUUGAAUCAAAAGCUCUCCAUGGUGCGAGCCACCAUCAUCACCGGCAGCCAAGAGAAGUACUUAGAGACAUGGGACAGGGUCUGAAACAUGUAGGAGGUAACAUCAGAGAUGGUAUUACAGGUUUAUCUGGAUCAGUAAUGUCCAAACCGAGAGAAUUUGCUCAUUUGAUCCGAAACAAAUUUGGUAGUGCUGACAACAUUAAUUCUUUGUCAAGAAACGGAGAAUCUGAUUCCCUCGAAGAUGAGAAGACACACCAUGGUAGUGCUACUCUUCCUGGUGGAUGCGGUUUAGGCUCUGGUUUAAAAUUUACAUCAGAGGAAGGCUCAGAGUGUAGUUCAGUAACAAGUGAAUCGAUGCCAUGUGGAGGUACAGGAGGACAUGGUGGUGGAGGGCACACGACAACAUCACCACCUUCUUCGACUACUCACCCACCUUCUGGUGGUCAUACUCCAAGUCUCGAAAUGGUUUUCUCUGAGCUCAAGUCGAGAAAACAUGAAGCCGACCAAUUCAGGGAAAAAUUAGAUUCUUUAAAGGACAUUAUUCAUAAAGAAGUAGCUUAUUUAAACCAAGCUUUAGUCGAAGAGAGAUUCAGAUGUGAACGCCUCGAAGAACAAGUAAAUGACCUAACCGAACUCCACCAAAAUGAAGUUGAAAACCUUAAAACAGCAAUAUCUGAUAUGGAAGAAAAAGUUCAAUACCAAAGUGAAGAAAGACUUAGAGAUAUCCAUGACAUUCUAGAAUCUUGCCAGACAAAAAUAUCCAAAAUGGAACAUCAACAAGCACAGCAUCAACAGUAUCUUACUCUGGAAGGACUGGACAAUUCAAAUGCUAGAGCCCUGGUUGUUAAAUUAAUUAACGUCGUUCUAACUGUACUUCAAGUUGUUCUACUGUUAGUUGCAACUGUAGCUGGGAUUAUUAUGCCAUUCCUCAGAACUAGGUUACGAGUGCUGAGUACAACUAUGCUUGUUAUUGCGUUAAUAGUUGUCGCAAAACAAUGGCCCGAGAUCUCUGAUAUGUCAGCAAAUUUAUCAACUCGUUUCCGAAUGAUGCUGUCUAGGACCUAGUAUGAGUAAAUUAGCAAGGAAGUGGUUUUUGUGCUUACAAGGAAACUUCGUUGCAGUGCAAUUUUAGUGGACUGAACAUGUGAUAUAAAAAGAAUAGUAAGUACAUUUGUGUAACAGUACAGUGCUUUUUUGUAACUCAAAUAAACAAUAUAAGUUAAGGGAAUGUACAUAGCUAUAAAACCUCAAUUUGUGUAUAUAAAAGAACUUAGUAAUUAUUUACCAACAGAUUAGUUUCUCAUUUUUCAUCAUUUAUACAUGUUAAAUUAAAAUCUUAACACAAAACCGUUCUGACAAAGUUGUGUCAAAUUAUUAAUCGAUGAACGAGGUCGUGUCAA